AUGGCGCAGCCUGGUAGUCUUAUGCAGGGGGAAUCCGGCGACCCUCGCUUGCAUGCUGAAGAGCGACAGGUUCUCGACGCGAUUGAGCAGAGCAGAGAAAAGGAUGUACUCGCCAGCAGAGAGAAAGAACUGCCCGCCAACGAAAAGCAUCUGGAUGGGACCAUCAAGCCCCAGCAGCGAUUGAUCCACGACCCCGAUGUCUCUUUCGCCGAGUACUACCACUAUUCCCAGCAGACACGAGCAGAAGAGGAAACCCACCCCUCUGUUGGAAAAACAGGUGUGCUGGGCAUCCUUUUCCCUUCCAAAUCCGGUCCCGGUGCUGGCCACAGCUCGGACGAGGACGUAAAUGUGCAUGUCACUGGCGACCUGCAGACACGCGCAGUCAUUACCGACGACGAGUGGGCGCAGGCUUCGCGCGCUCUACGCACUGCUACCCAGGGCACUGCCUUCUACCUGAUCACUACUGACAUCCUGGGACCGUUUGGACUUCCUUAUGCCAUUGCUACUGUCGGAUGGGGACCAGGAGUCGCCCUCUACACGGUUUUUGCUGCCCUAGCAGGCUACUCUGGUUAUCUCCUCUGGGAUAUCUUUCUGGGGUUGGAUUCCUACCAGUUCCCCGUGCGGAGCUUUGGAGAUAUUGGGUACCGCAUUUACGGAAAAUACAUGCGCUAUGGUCUUAGUAUCUUGCAAGGUUUGCAGCUCUUGCUCAAUGUUGGUCUCAUCGUCAUGAGCAACGGGGGUGCGCUUUCCCAGGCUAGCAAGGAGAAGCUCUGCUAUAUCAUCUGUUGCCUUGUAUGGGCGUUGGUCGGUUACUUCUCUGGCCAGGUUCGUACGCUCCAAAAGUUUGGUUGGCUCGCGAACGCUGCCGUCUGGAUCAAUAUUUUGUGCAUGCUGGUAUCCAUGAUUGGCGCUGGUAAAUAUGGGCCUAGUUAUGGCUCCGUCGACAGUUCAGCCGGCUACAACAUCGACCCUGCUUUGAUUACAGCUGUGAACGGUACAUUUCCUGCAGUGCAGACCUCUGGCGGAAUCCCUCCCUCUCCUGGCGGCUUUGUUGGUGCCGUUGGUGGUGCUAUGAAUGCUGUCUUUUCUUAUGGUGGCUCCAUGGUCUUCCCUGAAUUCAUGGCUGAGAUGAAGAAGCCGAAAGACUUCCUUUGGGCCAUGUGGGCUGCCCAGGCUUUCAUCUACAUCGUGUACAUGUUCUACGGCCUCUUUUUGUACGGAUACCAAGGUCAAUAUGUUGUAAACCCAUCCUAUCUUGGAAUUGCGUCUUACGGUAUUUCUACGGCUGGAAAUGUUCUUGCGAUGCUCAGCGCGGCCAUUGCUGCCGCACUUUACGGCAACAUCGGUCUCAAAGUAUUGUACAACAACGUCUUCGUGGAGAUUUUGAAUUUCCCCCCUCUGACCUCGACAAGCGGCAAGAUGAUCUGGAUCGGGUUUAUACCCGUCUACUGGUCAAUUGCCUUUAUUGUUGGAGCUGCCAUUCCAAAUUUCUCUGCUCUCACCCAGGUCGUCGCCGCUUUCUGUAUUUUGCAAUUCACCUACACCUUCCCACCUGUGCUCCAUAUUGGAUACAAGAUUAAGCAAGCAGCUUUGGCCGACCAAGCGUCCUUUGACCCGGCCACCGGUGCCGCUCCAGAGAAGUUCCGCCUCAAGGACUACGUCCGGUACUUCUUCUCACAGACGUGGUAUCUUAACGUAUUCCAUGUUCUCUAUUUCCUAGGAGCGCUAGCCCUUGCCGGACUGGGUGCGUAUGCCGCCAUUGAGACUUACAAGGCUGGCUUUGCGGACGGUGUUACAACCUCGUUUACAUGUACAUCUCCAUUUGGGUCCAGCUCCUAA